AUGCAAGCUUUACAAAGGACAGUGGCUGUCAUCCAUACUCCAUACUGGAACGAGUCUGAACAAAAGUUACCAGAAGACGAAUUGCAGAACCCCUUCGCCCCAACAAUUAUUUACUUCCCGAGGCCAGACAAAAAGGGUCACGUUUCUCACAACUCACUACGUCGCCCGAAGAGAGAUUCUCAGUCAAAAGUCCAUCACAGCUACAAUAAGCAACUUUCUUCCCACUCCGAGGCGGACCGACCAGAUCAAUCUCCCGAGUCUGCAUUCUCGAGCCCUUCAAUCACAUGUAACUUUAACAUGACUGAUUUCGAGCGUUUCCUACUCCGUGAUACCGGCAAAGAACCGCAGCAAAAUAAGUAUUCUUACUACACUGUCCCGCCGUCUACUUCGAACUGCAACUCAAGUGCCAAAAAGAGAAGGAGGGUGGAUGGUUUGAAAAUGGCUGAGAAGGAGAUACGCGAGUAUGAGCGCUGGGUUUUUGGCACUUGGGAGAAUAUAUUUUCUGGGUCCUAUUCAUAUUCCGGGUAA